AUGAUCAUACUAACGGGAGACUGGAAUGCAAAAGUAGGAAAUGAUAAUACAGAUUGGGAGCAUGUAAUGGGCAAGCACGGUUAUGGCACAAGAAAUGAACGAGGCGAACGAUUAUUAGAGUUCGCAGCAGAACACGAUCUCUUCAUAUGUAAUACACGAUUCCAACAAAAGCCUCGUCGUAAAUGGACAUGGGCAUCACUUGAUGGUGUUUACAAAACCGUGAUCGACCUAGUUAUGGUCCAAAGAAGAUCUUAUUUUAAACUACAUGGACAUAAACUUGCACCAACUGAUGAAAUAGCAUCCACAAGACGUUUUUAUCGUGGAAGAACUGAAACAUCACGAACUUGUAUACCAGAAGUGGUUGCAUGGUGUCGUGCAAUGAUAAAUUCAAAUAGUCAAUUAACAGUAAAAUUUAUUUUUCUUCUUAUUGGUGGCAGUGGUAAUUUUAUUCCAUCUGUGAGUUGUAUUGGUUUCACUAUAACAGUAGGUGGAACAGCACCAAUAUGUUUCAAUGGUUAUGGGGUGUUUUAUCGGCUUGGUAGUGAUGCAAUAACAUUUGUUGUUGCUGCAUAUUGA